AUGGCAUUACCAUUGAGUUAUAUAUGCAUACAAUCUGUAGAAGAAAAACAUAAAACAGAAAAUGUUAAUUCAAAAACAGAGCAUAAUUUAAGACUCUAUACAAUAAUUGCUGGUUUAUCAGUUAUGUUUAUAAUCUGGUUUUCAACAGUGCUAAAUCAAGAUGAUGCAAUUAAAUUAUUAUCACAAAUAACAACAACUGAUGCUGGAUUAAAUAUGUACAAUGAUAUUUAUAAACUUGAAUCAUCAUAUUGGCAUAUUAAAUUAAUAUUUAUCAUUAAAUUUAUAAUGUGGAUUGCACUGGCUUUUAUUAAACUUUCAAAAGGACAAGUUCAACCAUUUAUUAUUAAAACAGUUAGAUCAGAAAUUUAUGAUGACAAUGAUUUUGUAUCUGAUAGAUUUUUUGUACUGAGACAAGCUUAUACAAUGUACUCAGAAGUAUGCAAAAAAUUAUCAAAUUAUUAUUCCUUUCCAUUGCUUUUUUCUAUGGGUUGGUUUUCGUGUGAAAUUAUUUACUGCUCUUAUUAUAUAAUUUUAUCAUUUCUUUUUCCUGAUUCAACAAAAAGUAAAGCUAAAUUAUUUGUACUUUUUUAUUGGAUUAUUAUUGAAACAGUUCCAAUUAUAAUACUUACAAAUAAUGUUACAAAAAUAAUGAAUGAGGUUUGGAUGAAAGCAACUAGUGGAAUUGUUUAUAUUAUUUUGGCUCAAUCAACUGUGUUUGAUAAAAUUCAAAACGAGAAACUGUAUUUAUUAUUUCAGUUGAAUGCAUUUGGUCUUGAACUUUUACAUAAAAAAAUCAGCUUUUCAGCUUAUGGAAUAUUCUCACUUGACAACCAGCUCUUACAAUCGAUUUCUGGAACAGUGGUGACAUACCUAGUUAUCCUCAUUCAAUUCCAAAUGAGUUUAAAAAAAAAUAAAUCAUAAAAAAAGUAUCAAUAGAAAUUGUAAAAUAUUAGUAAAUAAUAUCGAUAGAUUGUAAUGAUAAUUUUUCAAUUGCU